UUAUUUGUCUGCGGACUUACACUUUGCACAUGUGAUGGCGGCGUACAUGUUGUUCAUUUAUUGAUCCGACGCCCAGUUUCUUCUCAAUAUGGCAAUGAAUAAAGUCAUCAAUACCGUUAAGCUUAUGCUAGGCGCCAGGUUUCCAGGCCAGAAUGUCACGCCACUGGGGACCAUAGUGCCCUGUCGAAACAAGUACACCGACUGGCGAAUGGCCCGUGAUGCAAAGAGAAGAAAAGUGGUCAAAGAGUACGCGCGUCUGAGGCUAAAUAUCAACUCCUUGAGGAAGAAUGACAUUCUGCCGAAAAGUUUGCAGGAAAUUGCGGACAAGGAGAUCGCGGACCUUCCCCUGGACAGCUGUUACACGCGCUUCCACGGCCGCUGCGUGAUCACAUCUCGAGCGAGGGGCUUCGUGCGGCCGUGGCGGGUUUCGCGCAUGAUGUUCCGGCACCUGGCCGACUACAACUACCUGUCCGGGGUGCAGAGGGCCAUGUGGUAGUCCACUGACGCGCUGCAGACCUGGCCUGCAGUUGACACCGUUGUUAUUGUUGAUCGCGUUGUACAAAUGCACACGGUUGCACCACGCGCUGACUGUCUGCAAGUAGUCUCUCAUCUUCGUGCGCGCGAUGCGUCUCAUGUGCACAUUGCGUUGCCUUAGCAGGUACGCGGGGGAGUCUGUCCUGUGUAGACAUUUCUGGUAAUAAAGAUGUUUUGAAUGA